AUGGUUGUUCCUACCUUUGCCGGCAUGUCCGGCAAGCUGCUGUCGCGUGCAGUCACCACAACUGCAACGAUGGGCUUUUUGCUGUUUGGUUAUGAUCAGGGUGUGAUGAGUAGUAUCAUUGACGCUCCGGAUUUUACUGAUGUCCUGACUGAGCUGAGAGGUAACUCAACGAUGCAGGGUACUGUUACUGCCUUGUAUGAAAUUGGUUGUCUGUUUGGUGCUAUCUUCAUGCUCAUUUGGGGUGAUUGGCUCGGUCGUCGCAGGGGUAUCAUCAGUGGAGCUAUCAUCAUGAUUCUUGGUGUGAUUGUUCAAGUUACCUCUUAUGCCGGCAAGCAACCUCUUGCGCAGUUUACUAUUGGCCGUAUCGUCACCGGGGUGGGCAAUGGAAUGAAUACAUCCACGAUUCCAACCUAUCAGGCCGAAUGCUCCCGAACCUCAAACCGCGGUCUCUUAAUCUGUAUCGAGGGCGGUACGAUUGCCUUUGGUACCCUCAUUGCCUACUGGAUCGACUUUGGUGCCUCUUACGGUCCACCCGACGUGAUUUGGCGUUUCCCCAUUGCCUUCCAGUGCGUCUUUGGCGUGUUCAUUAUUGUCGGUAUGCUUCUUCUCCCCGAGUCUCCUCGUUGGCUGUUCACUCGUGAGCGUCACGAAGAGGGUGAGAAGGUCAUCGCUGCACUAUUGGGUGCCGAGAUCGACUCCCAUGAUGUAAUUCUACAAAAGAAUAUUAUCAUGGAUUCCAUCCGUGCCUCUGGUCAGAUGGGUAAGACCACCCCGAUGUCUGCCGUCUUCACUGGUGGAAAGACUCAGCACUUCCGUCGAAUGCUUCUCGGUGCUUCAUCCCAAUUGAUGCAGCAGAUUGGGGGAUGCAACGCUGUCAUCUAUUACCUACCCAUUUUGUUCCGAGACUCAAUUAAGCUAGAUGGAAAGCUUCCGUCAAUUCUCGGCGGUGUGAACAUGAUUGUAUACUCCAUCUUUGCCACCGCUUCCUGGUUCUUGAUUGAGAGAGUCGGUCGCCGCAAACUAUUUCUUUACGGAACCGUUGGUCAAAUGGUCUCAAUGCUGAUUACAUUCGCUUGCUUGGUUCCUGACAAGCCUGGUCCUGCUAAAGGUGCUGCCUUCGGUCUUUUCACCUACAUUGCUAGUUUCGGUGCAACUUGGUUACCUCUGCCCUGGCUAUACCCUGCUGAAAUCAGCCCGAUCAAGACCCGUGCCAAGGCCAACGCACUUUCAACUUGUUCCAAUUGGCUUUUCAAUUUCUUGAUCGUCAUGGUUACCCCAAUCAUGAUCUCCAAUAUCAAGUGGGGAACAUACCUCUUUUUUGCGGCUAUGAAUGCUUGUUUCUUGCCCGUCAUCUAUUUCUUCUACCCCGAGACUGCCCGUCGAUCUCUCGAAGAAAUCGAUUUAAUUUUUGCCAAAGGAUUUUCAGAGAACAUUGGCUACGUACGUGCGGCCAGGGAGCUACCAUAUCUUUCGGAUGAAGACGUUGAACGUGUCGCCAUUCAGUAUGGAUUUGGUGCUGUUGACGAGACUAAACCUAGCAACUCGAGUAACAGUGCCGAUGUCUCACAAAUUGAGGAGAAAGGCGCCACUUUUCAUGAGACCACCUAA